UAUUUCCUACCCAACGAGGUAGUCUCAGCUAUCCACGCAUUAUCUAAUAUCAGCCACCAAACGCUCAAGAGUCGAUACUGCAUUCACCGUUCUUCCAGCCAGUCGGUGACAAACCUAUCAGGCACGGCGUUACGAGAAAAGACCGAAUCCGGAGCCUGCCCAGCAACGCACAAAGGUCCCUUAAUCUAAUCCGCCGUAUCAAAGAGAUAAGGCUAAGACUGUCAGCCUCUUUGAUUCACCGCCGCUCUGCGCCCCAGCCGCUAUUGGACGAUUGGGGCCCGGCCGGACACAUUAUUCAGUGCUGCCUGAGUCACAGCUGAGAUCAUAAACACAUCAGGUCGCCCUGAAUUCCCACCAUGUCCUCAAUAAAUUUCUCUCCACUUCCCUCGUCUCCUGCUGCCUCUUCACCCUUGGCUGCUCCCUCCUUCACAUCCUAUUUCAACCUGCUCACUCGCAAGCGGCAACAAAAGAAAAUGAGCAUCACACAAACAUACUACCUCGCCCACACCGCCCGGCGGAAGCUGACCCGAGAGGCGUCCCGGGCGGACCACGACCUGCGCCUGCUUGUUGGUCACGCAAACCUUCUCGACUCACUGAUGCUCGACCUGGCCGACGCCGAACAGGAGCAGGAACGCUGGUUCAAUCAGACAGUCAGCGGAGCGACCAAGGGAGCUUACCGCUCCGAGAACCAGCACCACAUCCAAUGGGCCGAAACAUUAGUUGAAGAGCCCGAGGAGGACUGGGAUCCAUCAGAAGACCUCUCCGAUGAGGAUUCCGAUCUCAGCGAGGAGGAAGACUCAGAUUUUGAAGAGAACUAUGCGCCCGUGCGACGACGAGCACCUUCACCUGUUGCCAUUGUUACCGAGACCGAGCUUGAAGACUACGACUCCGACUCGGAUUCAGAGUAUGACUACGAUGACGCCGAGGAUCUCGAUGAGCUCGCCCUAACGCGAUCACCAUCGCGGCAACCGCCCGAACUGUCGCACGACGAGGACGACUCAGAGGACGACAGUAUGCCUCCAUCACCGCCACAGCCAGUUCUCGAGUCAUUCGACGAGAAGCAAGCACACACCGAGGUCACUCUCGCAGACCCAGACUUCGAACACCGAUAUUACGUACGGCCAGCGCAACCGAUGAUUGAAGCAUGUUGAUCAUGUUCUUUCUCACAUCUCUUGCGCGAAUGCAUAUUACGUGAUACCCUGACGAUUAAUGUUCGAGCAUUUCAGCGUUACACAGCGACGCAAAAGGGACGGGUUUUGGGAGCAUACAUCUGCAUGCAUUGUUUGGCGUUAUUGGAUAUACACUCAUCUCAUGUUUGCAUUGAUCUACAACAUUUAGUAUAUAGCAUCUACCAUCUUGGUACAAGACAAUAACAUUACAGUCACAAUACAAUCGAAUAACCACAACC